AUCAUCCACCCAACCCACUCGAUUCUUUCUCUCCAUCUCACUUCUCCAUCCCAUUUCGAAUAUUGCGGUGUUAAUGAUAAUGCAUCUGGAACGUUGACAUUACUUCCGAUUCCUCUCGGUGGGCCUCCUAUGAGGCGGGCGCUACGCUCUAUAUGAAACCAAACCAGCCUCUGGACCUGUAAGGGCGUCAGGGACCGGUGAUACGCAUAUUUUCACAAGAUAGUGGCAAAGUGGUAGCGCCUUCUAGGCUCUCAUGCUUUUGUAGUAUCCUGCGAUUAACCCUGGUUUGCAUCGUCAUCUCCGGAUAGACAAACCACCACGUCGCUGUCUCAGAUAAGCCGUCCGAAGUCUCUUAACUCGAGGGCAAGCCAUAAGGUAUUGCCACCGUUGUCUUCGACAUGUCUUUGGCCUUGUCUUCGUUUAUCCUCGUCUCUGGCUUGUCAAUUGCAGCGAUCUUAUCCAGCAACAUAUUAGCACCGUUCCAGUCUAUACUGGCAGCAUCCAAUGGUACACAAACCCACGAGUUCAACACGAUCAAUGCCACCUGCCAGGUCAUCGCUCGAGCGAUUUCUCAUGAAUCUCUGGUCUCCUGGCCAGGGUCGCCUGAUUUUGACCUAGAUACUCACCACUGGGCAAACUCGAGCACACAGCUAUCAACAUGUUCCGUUCGACCUGGGAAUACUAAUGACCUCGGCAAAAUAAUUCAACUGAUUGGAUGGACACAGACGCCUUUUGCAAUCACUGGUGGCGGACACAGUUUGAAUCCCGGAUUUUCAUCUACGACCGGCAUUCAUAUCGCUAUGUCCAACUUCAAUCACCUUCAGCAUAAUGAGGACACGGCUACAGUUGACAUUGGAGCUGGUCUUCGCUGGGACAAUGUGUACGACUUGCUCAACCCGAAAGGUUAUACCGUCGUUGGUGGGCGAGUACGAGGAGUUGGUGUUGCUGGCUUCAUACUGGGCGGAGGCCUUUCUUGGAUAACAAACGAGCAUGGCCUCACAAUUGACACGUUGCUGGCAUGCGAGAUAGUCCUGCCAAACGGAACUGUGACUACUACUUCUGCCCAGAAGAAUCCGGAUCUUUUCUACGGGCUCAAAGGGGGUUUCAAUAACUUUGGCAUAGUCACCAAGUUCACGCUGAAGGUCAUACCACAGGGCGAUAUUUGGGGUGGUUCUGUAAUCGUUCCGGAAUCUGACAUCGAGCGAGCAAACAAUGCCAUCGCCAACUUUGCGUCGAAUACUCGCGAUCCUAAGGCAACGAUGAACAUCAUAUUCGACUACGUCCACGGAAAGUUGACCGCGAUUAUUAUUGUGUUUUACAAUGCUCCCUCGCCUCCAGCUGGAAUUUUCGAUGAAGCACUGUCAAUCCAAAACAGCAUCGUUCAGGUCUCGUCCAUGCCUUUCCUCACUUUGCUGAGCGCAGGACAGCCGAGUAACACCCCUCGACGGAUCCAAGACGAGGCGCCCAUACAGAAAUGGACGCCUUCCCUCCUGAACAAGGUCGCCAAUGAAACAAAGUUCUGGGGUAGCUACCUAGAGCAGCACCAUUCCGGUUUCUUCUUCCAGUAUGUGGUAGAAGUCUUCCUGCCCGACUACUAUAGCCAUGGGCCACCCUCAGCGUGGCCCGCCGAUCGCUCCGUUGUGCACUUCCCCCUCAAUGUGGCCUACGCCUGGUUCGACGAAAAGUCCGACGCUGUAAUCCACGAUGCGCUCCGGCAGAGUAUAGCGCAGGUCAGGGCAGAUGCCGAGGCGGAGGGGCAAUCACUCGUCAACGCAUCGUUAUAUCCAAACCUACCCCUCCUAGGCACACCCAUAGAGUUGAUGUACGGGAAGAACCUGGAGAGGUUGCGGGAGAUUAGGGCAGUGUACGAUCCACACAGAGUGAUGGAUUUGUCGGGUGGAUGGCAUUUCUAAAUUCAUGAAUGUGGAGCUUGGAAGACUGCUGCGCUGGGGUAUGUGAUUUACACCACAAUAGCUUUCGCAGACAUCCGUGCUGUCAGAUGAAAUGGUUAGUAGCGAGAAAUAGAAGGCGGCUACGUACGCCAUAGGAUAUCCAGACAAUGCUUGAUCCUGUAAUUUUUUGCACAUUUAACAGUCACAUAGUGGGUGUG